AUGAACAGCGGGGCUCUAGGAACAACCAUGCAACCCACAGCCCACGCAGUUUGCAAAAGUUACUCGCUGCACGGUUACAAUAGCAGCGGCGGCUCUUUGGGGAUCAAGGUACAAGCAGGACAGAACGCAGGUUCUUCGUCGUCCGGGAUGCCCCAACCGUGGUGUGCCGCCACGGGAUGUCCCAGCCAGGUUCAGCCGUCCAACGCAGCCACGCGCUGCAAAGGCUCCAAGCGGCGCUCGAGCUCUCCGGAGCUGCUGCGCUGCAAGAGGCGCUUAGCCUUCCCGGGUUUGACAGCGCAGCAAGGCGGCGGCGCGGCGGCCGUGGCUCGACGCAACGAGCGGGAGAGGAACCGCGUCAAACUGGUGAACCUGGGCUUCCAGACCUUGCGCCAGCACGUGCCCAACGGCGCCGCCGCCAAGAAGAUGAGCAAAGUGGAGACCCUCCGCUCCGCCGUGGAAUAUAUCCGAGCCUUGCAACAAUUGUUGGACGAGCACGACGCCGUCAGCGCCGCCUUCCAGGACGGUCUCCUGCCGGCUAGCCGUGACGCUGCCUCGGUUGCUUGCGCUGGCAGCGGCAGCAGCUCGUAUUCCUCCGCCUCGCCCUCUUUUGACGGCCACGAGGGCAGUUCCGUGCCGGGUUCCCCGCACUCGGCUUAUUCGUCGGACGAGAGUGGCUACGAGGGGGCGCUCAGCCCAGAGGAACAGGAGCUGCUCGAUUUCACCAGUUGGUUCGGGAGCUGCUGA